AUCCCACCGGCCAGCCAGAGGAGCCGCUCUUGCCCUCUUCCCAAGUUCAGAAACCACAGCAUUUGGGAGGCUGUACACGACUCUGAACUACCCUACGCUUUCGAUUGCCACUUCGAUUGUGUUUUCCCAGACUGAACACCCAUGUAUAUUCAAGAAGGACUGUCCAGUGUUUACCGAUUUCAACUUUGAAGGCGAUUCCUACUACUCUUUGAUUUUUUAGAAAACGAGGUUGAAGGAUUUCUUGCUCUCGUCCUUUUUGUAAUUGCUGUAAAAACAGACGGAUCGAGACAGCCUAACCAAGAUGGACACGAGCUAUCUCCUCAACGAUGAGCUGAGAAUGCCAGAUAACGGAUCCACUCGGUAAGAACCUAAAUACCGCUUAGUCGAUCUAUUCCGCUAAACUCCCAAACGUCAUUCGCUGGAUUGUUUCAACCCCCGAAGGUUUUUCGAUGAUAGUUCAUCACACUCUACAAUGACAACCUUUUAAGAUACAUUUUUGACAAACUUCUCAACGACCAUGUCGGGAGUGGUCCGGUCUCUGAGCCGAUGUCUACUCCCGGCCGAAGCGAGCCGGGAGCCGGGUGGCGGCAAACAAAGUACCAGCGAGAGGGACGCGGCUCAGGAGCGGGAAGCACGGCGGAGGAGUAGGGAGAUAGACGCUAUGCUUGCCCGGGAGCGGAGGGCCGUUCGACGGCUAGUGAAGAUUCUCCUCCUCGGGGCAGGGGAGAGUGGAAAGUCAACGUUUCUCAAACAGAUGCGCAUCAUCAACGGGAAAGAGUUUGACAAAAAAGCGCUCCUGGAUUUUCGGGACACUAUCUAUGAAAAUAUAAUAAAGGGCAUGCGUGUGCUGGUGGACGCCCGGGACAAGCUGGGCAUCGGCUGGCAGUGCGGGGAGAACGAGAAGCAGGGCAUGCUGGUGAUGUCGUGGGAGGGCCGUGGCGGGGGCCCGGGCGUGGACCCCGGGGAGUUCCAGCUCUACGUCCCGGCCCUGGGGGCCCUCUGGGCCGACGCCGGCAUCCAGGCCGCGUACUCGCGGCGGGCCGAGUUUCAGCUGAGCGAGUCGGUGAAGUACUUCCUGGAUAACCUAGACCGCAUCGGCCAACUGAGCUACAUUCCCAGCAAGCAGGACAUUCUGUUUGCCCGGAAGGCCACGAAGGGCAUCGUGGAGCACGACUUUGUGAUCAAGAAGAUUCCCUUCAAGAUGGUGGAUGUCGGAGGUCAGAGGUCACAGAGGCAGAAGUGGUUCCAGUGUUUCGACGGGAUCACGUCAAUCCUCUUCAUGGUGUCGUCCUCCGAGUACGAUCAGGUGUUAAUGGAGGACAGACGGACCAACCGCCUGGUGGAGAGCAUGAACAUCUUCGAGACCAUCGUCAACAACAAGCUCUUCCUCCACGUGUCCAUCAUCCUCUUCCUCAACAAGACGGACCUGCUGGUGGACAAGAUCCGCACCGUGGACAUCCGCAAGACCUUCCCCGAGUUCAGAGGAGACCCCCGCAGGCUGGAGGACGUGCAGGCGUUCCUGGUGACGUCGUUCAGCCGUAAGCGGAGGAACCGCGUGCGGCCGCUGUUCCACCACUUCACCACCGCCGUGGACACGGAGAACAUCCGCUUCGUGUUCCACGCCGUGAAGGACACCAUCCUGCAGGACAACCUCAAGGAUAUCAUGCUGCAGUAGUCUCACACACACACACACACACACACACACACACACACAUUCACAUACACGCAUCUGAACACACACACACCAACAUAUUCACACACGCACAUCUUAACACACACGCACACACACACACACACACAUUCACAUACACACAUCUGAACACACACACCAACAUAUUCACACACGCACAUCUUAACACACACACGUACACACACACACGCAUACACAUUCACAUACACACAUCUGAACACACACACACACACCAACAUAUUCACACGCACACAUCUUAACACACACACGCACACACACACACACACACACAUUCACAUACACACAUCUGAACACACACACACCAACAUAUUCACACACACACAUCUUAACACACACACACGCACACACACACACACAUACACUCACAUAUACACACAAACACACACACACACACAUACACAUCUGAACACCUACACAAGCACACACACACACACAUACACCCAAAGGAAAAUACACACACACACAGCACGCACACACACACACGCACAAAAACCUUUGGCCAUGGGCUUCUGAGGUAGCUGGAGGACAGCCACACUGAACUGUGAAAGCUGGCGACGAGGCAGAGAGGCACAGGCAACAGUUUCCUCCUGUUCCCUCCUCUUCCUCUGCCCCAACACGAGCACACACGUCCACAGCGACCUGUGCAGCGGCCGGGGGGCGGUGGCGGUGAAUCGGGCCGCUCCGUGGACUCUGGUCCUGAGCCUGGGUUCAGGACACGCUCCUGUGGAACAAUUCUGCGGUUGGCGUGGAGCAGGGUCGGCCUUAUCUAGACGUUAAUCUGUGGAGUUGUAUGUUACGAUGAAAUGUGGUGUUUUCUGUGCAUUCUUUAUUUUUUUUCGCUCAAUGAUUUUGAUUGCGUACCCAUUUACACCAAACCGUAGAAAAGUAGCCACUGUAAAACACGAGCACUAUAAGAGGAUGUGUGAGCAUCUAUAGGAGGAUCUUUUCCGUUUUUAAGAUCAAGAAUAUUCAUGUUACUUAAUGAUAAUGCCACUGAAAUGAGUCUCUCAAGAGGAACUUGGUGCUGGAUUUAAAGUGUGAGAUUGCUGCCAUGUAUAGACAAUUACAUGCCAACAUGUGUUUGAGCAAAAACAUCGCUCUGUCCGAUUUGAAUCAAUUAAUUGGCUUUCCAACAAAAAGACCAACCAACCGUCAUUUUGUCAUUGGACCAUUCAAUCUUUGGACCAGUCGGCAAUUCAGACAAACAAACAGCAUUUGUAGGGUAAGGACUUUACCUAUAGAUGGCAGCAAACUUACAAAAUCCUGCAGUGCAUUGUGUACAGUUAGUCAUCCUUUAAACAAAUACAGCUUUGUUUAAAUGAGAGCCAAACCCUGACACUGCGAGUGAAUUGGUUUGUAUUAGAUAACCUCUCUAGGUUAAACACACGCUCUUCCAUGCAUCACUCGUUGUUCCCUUAUUACACGAACCCGGUCUCCUGUUGAUUAAGUGUUGAUAGGACACACCUGUUCUGUGCCAAACUGAAUUCGAGGGGCGUUUACAGGCUAGCUGGCAGCCCUGCCCCCGAACAGGAACCGCUGUAAUUAAAGGCCGGAUUAGGGCAUUUUGCCCUCAUUCUACUGUAAGGGAAAAGCUCAAAUUCCAACCACAGAUGGGAACAAAAGAAAUGGCCUGAAGGCGCCUGUGACAGCAGACUGCGAGUGCUGCGUACGGCUUUCAAAACACCGAAACAUGUGCAAAUUGCUGUGCUGAGUUAUGGAAAUCAAGCAGCCAAUAUAUUCUAUUAGUAACUGGUGUGCAGUGUAAAGCAAACAAUAGAAAAGCCUAUUGGGUACAGACGGAUCCAAACAAGAUCUGUGAUCAUGCCGUAUUGUAAGUUCUAAUAAUUCAGUGCUCCUUUCUAACCACUAAUGGUACCAGUUUUGUUUGUUGAUAGAACAUCCUGAGAUCAUACUAAAGAAUACAACUUUAAUUUAUAUUCCAGGAAGGUCAAUAAAGUCAUAUUCUAUUAUAUUCUUUAUCACGCUAGGGGAUAAGCAAAGCACUGAAAUUACCCCAGAGCUGCCAAGCUAAAAUUAUAAGAUGGAAGGCCAUUUAAUAUGUCUAAAAAGUGAAGGGAAAGGUCUUGCUUGAACAACACAGUAUAAGACCAAUGUGGGCAACAUUAAGUCAUAAUAGUCUAUCAGUGACCUUUCAUUGUGGUGAGGACUCAUUCUUUACGUAUUCCUCCAUCUUUAUCCCUUCAUUCUUCCUGGAAGAGGAACAUGGAGGAGGAGGGGGAACAGCUGCCUGAAACCACUCCUCCUCCUCCUCCUCCUCCUCCUCCUCCUCCUCCUCCUCCUCCUCCUCCUCCUCCUCCUCCUCCUCCUCCUCCUCCUCCUCCAGGACAAUGGAGGUGAUUGUGGCUCAUCUCCUCCCCAGCAGACAGUGGGCUGGGGAUGUGAAGGCUCCUAGUGUACAGCUUCACGUGCGCCCGUAGCUGCAGCUCGUGAAUUAAAUUAUAGCCUAUCUUGUGUUCCUGUGUCUACCACCGAUUACCCCUCCAUCCCCCCCCCCGACCCUAACCCUCCAGCCCCCCCCCCCCCAGCCCACCCACCAGACACAAACCCCACCUCCCCCCCACCACCACCACCAGCUGGUUUUAAGAGAAGCACAUUGCUGGCAAUUUGUGAAGCAGAGUCGUAGGCAGAAGGGAACGUCAAAAUGUAACGACGAGCACUUCCUGACCUUUUGUUGUGAUGAUGUAUAUAAACUAGUUUUGGUUCUUUUAAGAGUUUUAUGUGUGUGUAUGUACUUCUGUUCUGUCUGUAUGAUAUUGUAAUCCAUCUGACUGGCCCUCGGGUCACGUGGUUCAUCAGGCAGCCACCGCGUCGCAACACGACCGCCCCCUCUCCGGUGUUUCUGCGAUGUCUGAACCAAACCUAACUUUGUUUUUAUCGCGUUUUUUUUUGCAUUUUGUCUCGGAAGCCUCUUCAUUGCACUGGAUCUCUCAGAGCUCAAACGACCACAGCGGAGAAAGAGACUGCUCUGAUAAAUGAAGAAAUAAACUACAUAAAAACCUAAUAUGGCCUUGUGGUUUUAGAUUGGAGCUGGCCAAUGCCGUGGUGGUGAGCAUAAAAGCAGUGGAGAACAGCAGGGCAUCAAACAUUGAGAGAAGCCAUUAACAGCGUCAUUGAGGAAAGAUGAAGCUGAGCCUAUGCCUCCUCCUGUUCCUCACCGUGCUGGCUUCAGCCCUGGGCCUCAGCAUUCUGGCUCCAUCCCCGGUUUUCAGCAAAACAGUUCUGAGCGUGACCUUGAGCCAUGCAAACGGCCUCCGUGGGGACGGCUGGUUCGGUAGGACUGACGGCUACGUCAAGGUGACAGCUGGAGGGACCACUCGCGAGACUCGCACCAUCCGGAACGACAACGACCCGUACUGGAGGCAGACUCUAAGUUUUGCUUCGCGGUUCCGGAUGAUCUACCUGAGCCUGCAGGUUUGGGACAGUGACGGCGGGUUUAGAGGCAAAGAUGAUUAUUUGGGAGGUUGCAGAGUUCCUAUAGUGAGAUCGAUAGUGAGCCGGUCACAUAGCUGCAGAAUUGGUAGGAAAGGAAGGGUUUUCUUCUCUUACAGGUACAGGCCCUAAAUCGCAACCUCGCUGUUGCAAAUUCUACACUCCCAGUUCCAACUGAGAUAACUACACCAGUGCCAUGAACGCAUACCUAGUAUGUGUUUGCUUUGUCAUCUCUCGGUUUUGGCUGGAGUUUUCAUUCAUGUCAUUAAUUGCUAUUUGAUCGAAAUAAUAAACUACAUUUGGUGGUGUUGGGAGUUAUGAAAGCUAUUUGAUGAUUUGGUGAUAACAAUUGUAAUUGUAGAAAAAGUUGAGAAUGUGCUUUAAGGAAUCACUGCAAUGGUAAUCUGAAAGAGUGCUAAUCUAAGAUUUGGGGAUUUCUGUAUUUCCUGAGAACCUUUGUCUGUGUUACAUUAUGAGAAUAUAAUCCACUGUAAUCAAAAGAUCUAACCCUGUCUUUCUUAUUAUAGCAACUGUUAUUCAGUGCUCUGAUUAAUAAAAUGUAGAAUUUAAUGCAAAUGCCCUUUUCUUCUAUUUCCUAAAUAACGAUCGAUCAAACCUGAUGAUGAAAUAAAGUUUUUAUCCAAAAAAUAA